GGGCUAUUUAAUCCUCGUUGUUAGCAGUCCCGCAAGUUUAGGCUUUUACGAUUAUCAAGAGUUUCAGUUUGGGGAUUUGGCAAUUAGUUAAAUUGCUAAUUUUUUAUGUAAAACCCUCUCUUAGAGCAAAGAAGUGAUCUUUACAGGUUGAUUACAUGCAGAAGAAUGUAAGAAGAAACAGAAGUGUAGAACAGCUGUUUGUUAAAUUGCUGCUUAAGAUUCAAUUUCGAAUAGUAGAGCUUAAUAUAUUUGAUGACACAAGCCCAGACUUCUUAGUGAAUUGGACAUUUUAUAUUUGAUGAACAAUGGUCCACAUCUUUUUAAAAAGCCAGCCACUCCCACACCAAGCAACGUUGAUCUUGGCUUCCAAGAUAUCUAUUCUUUGUUGCCAAUCCAAGGAAUGAAGCAAUCAAAAGGUGGUUUUUUCUCUCCUAUAAAUCACAAAUUGGUUUGAUUAGGUAACUCUAUCUAUGAGUUUCCUUAGUAAGAUAAGGAAGGCCAUGGGGAAGUGCCUCUCGAGCCGUCCGGCGACUCCUCCAAUGGCGCCUAUGGGCGUGUGCUUAUAUGUUCUCGAUCGAUAUGUGGUGAUAGAUAAUGGCAUCAUGAAGCUCACUUUGUCAAAGCCAGAGGGGAUUGUAACUGGAGUCCAGUACAAUGGGGUUGAUAAUCUGAUGGAGAUACUUAACAAGGAAGAUAAUAGAGGGUAUUGGGAUCUAGUGUGGAGCGAACCUGGAGGACCUGGAAUUUUUGAUGUGAUUAAAGGAACAGAUUUUGAAGUAAUACUUGAAGAUGAGAAUCAAGUUGAAGUUUCAUUCACAAGGAGAUGGGAUCCAUCCUUAAAAGGAACCAUUGUCCCCUUGAAUAUUGACAAAAGGUUUAUUGUGCUGCGUGGCUCAUCAGGAUUCUAUACUUACUCCAUCUAUGAGCACUUGGAAGGAUGGCCUGAUUUCAAUAUGGCAGAAACCAGGGUUGCUUUCAAGCUUAGAAAAGAUAACUUUAGGUUCCACUACAUGGCAGUGGGUAACGAUAGGCAAAGAAUUAUGCCAAUGCCUGAUGAUCGGAUGGCUGGAAGAUGCCAACAGUUAGCAUACCCAGAAGCAGUUCUUCUGACAAAUCCAAUCUAUCCAGACCUUACAGGAGAGGUGGAUGACAAGUAUCAGUAUUCAUGUGAUAACAAAGACAACAAGAUUCAUGGUUGGAUAUCAUUUGACCCUCCUAUUGGCUUCUGGCAAAUUACACCUAGUGAUGAAUUCCGAACCGGUGGGCCUACAAAGCAAAAUCUUACCUCUCAUGUUGGUCCCACCACCCUUGCUAUGUUCUUCAGUGCACACUAUUCUGGUGAUGAUCUUGUGCCUAAAUUCAGGAAUGGAGAAUCCUGGAAAAAGGUCUUUGGUCCAGUUUUCAUGUAUCUCAAUUCCACUUGGGGAGAAACAGACCCACAUAUUCUCUGGGAGGAUGCAAAUUUGCAGAUGAAAACUGAAGUAGAGUGUUGGCCGUAUGCAUUCCCUCUUUCAGAAGAUUUUCAGAAGGCUGAAGAAAGGGGCUCUAUUACUGGUAGACUACUCGUUUGUGACAGGUACAUUGAUGAGCAAGAUCUAUAUGCAAGUUCUGCAUACAUUGGGUUGGCACUACCAGGAGAAGUGGGGUCAUGGCAAAGAGAAUGCAAGGGAUAUCAAUUUUGGACAAGAGCUGAAGCCAAUGGCUUCUUCUCAAUUAAAAAUAUUCAUACUGGAUACUACAAUCUUUAUGCAUGGGUACCAGGGUUCAUAGGAGACUACAUGUAUGAUACAACUAUAGCCAUUAUGUCAGGAACCAGUAUUGAUCUUGGUGACCUUGUAUAUCGACCUCCAAGAGAUGGUCCCACACUUUGGGAGAUUGGAUACCCUGAUCGCUCUGCUGCUGAGUUCUACGUUCCAGAUCCUAAACCCGAUUAUGUAAAUAGGCUUUAUCUAAAUCAUCCUGAUAGAUUUAGACAAUAUGGACUUUGGGAGAGAUAUGCUGAUUUAUAUCCUGACAGUGAUCUUGUUUAUACUGUUGGUGUUAGUGACUUCACGAAGGAUUGGUUCUUUGCCCAGGUUACCAGGAGAAACGAUCAGAACUCAUAUUCACCAACCACUUGGCAGAUUAAAUUCAAACUCGACUAUGUCAAUCAAACUGAAACAUACAUGCUGCGAGUAGCAAUUGCAUCUGCUACUCUAUCUGAAAUGCAAGUUCGUUUCAAUGAUUCCAAAGCUGAACCUCCUCACUUCUCAACCGGACUCAUUGGUAGAGACAACUCAAUAGCGAGGCAUGGAAUCCAUGGGCUGUAUUGGUUAUACAAUAUUGUGGUUCAAAACAGUUUGCUCAUUGAAGGGGAGAACACGAUUUUUCUUACUCAGGCAAGAAGCUCAAGCCCUUUUCAAGGAAUAAUGUAUGAUUAUAUUCGCCUUGAAGAGCCAUGGAAAUCUAGUUCCAGGAAAGGCAUUUUUCCCUGAACUUAGAAAUCGCUUAUCAUAACUUUCUUAUGAAUGAUAGAAAAUAUUAGAAACAAUGAGCAUGUCACUAAGUUAAGUAGUUUCAGUUAUGUAGCUGAAACUUAAUUUGGAAAUAAAUGAAGAGAUUAUUGUGAGUAUUGGAUACUUUUUCAUGCAGUUUA